AUGACAGCGAAAACUACAAUUCAGCUCCCAGUGGGGCCCAUUACCGCGCUGGCAACAGAGGGCAUUAUCCACGCUCGGGGCAUUCCAUACGCCAAAGCAAACAGAUUUGAAGCCCCGCAGCCAGCCGAUCAAUGGACAGAAGCCCGCGAUUGCACCGACCGGGCCUCAAUAUGCCCACAACUCUCAUCGCGACUGGAGUCGGUUAUGGGUCCGUUGACCGAAGGCCACAGUCUAAAUGAGGACUGUCUACAUUUAACCAUUACCGCGCCAAAUGAUGCCACCAACGCACCUGUUAUGAUCUGGCUGCAUGGUGGUGCUUACAUCUCAGGCGGUGGAGACCUUGACUGUUACCAGCCGGCUGGUUUGACCAAGCGAGGAAUCGUCUGUGUCACAGUUACUUACCGGCUAGGUGUUUUCGGAUAUCUAGGCUUGGAGGGCAUCGCAUCCGCGAACCUGGGUUUAUUGGAUCAACGAGCGGCGCUUCAGUGGAUUCAGAACAAUGUUACUGCAUUCGGUGGAAACUCGGAAAAUAUCACUAUAGUUGGGCAAUCGGCGGGCGCGGAUUCAAUCAUUUGUUUGAUGGUUGCCGAGGGCACUGAGGGCCUGUUCCAUCGCGCCAUUCUUCUUAGUCCACCAUUGCGAGAGCUGAAAGAACGCACACCCACAGCGGCUCUACUAUCUAAGAAAGCGGAACAAUUUUUCACGAAAGACCCAAGGGACAUGUCUGUGGAUGAACUGCUAGUAGUUCAAAAGAAGCUGCUCAUGAAUCCUGUAAAGACGCAGGUUAUGCUAUUUGCGCCCACCCUAGGAUCUGACCCAUUGCCUGCAGAGCAAGAAUUUGACCAGAAGCUUUCGGAAAUUAUCAAGGAUAUCCCGAUUCUCAUAGGAUGGACCGCUAAUGACGGCCGUCCUUUCGCAAGCAUGAUGGGUCCACAGAGUCUUCUCAAGUUACCCAUUAUUGGACCUUACGUGGAGAGUCUAGGAACUUGGUACAUUACCCAAAGUUACUUCAAAUGGCCAUCUCAAAGCUUCCAUGAGCAGGUGUUGCAGGCAGGUGGGACGUCGACGAGCUAUUCGUUUGGAUGGGCAGGAGAGGGAAACCCUCUUGGCUCAUGUCACUGUAUAGACAUUCCGUUCGUGUUGGGGAGAGAAGGUGCUUGGAAAAAUGCGCCUAUGCUAGCUGGGAAGAGCACAGAGGAAUAUUUGGCUCGGCUGGGGUCUGAUAUCAAAGACUUGUGGACAAGCUUUGCCAGCGGGAAGAUGCUCAAGAGUGGGUUACAUAUUGAGUUCGAUGGCGAGUUUGUCUUGUCUCAGGAUGUCUUCUUUGACUGA